AGUAUUGUCUUUCAUAAAGUUCGGAAGUGAAAUAGAAAUUGAGUUUCAACAACAAUGAACGAACCACACGGACAAACUGUUAACGGUGUGCCAAUGCAUGAUGUACCUCAAAGGUUGGCUUAUCCCAAACGAGUUUUUCUGAUCAUUGGAAAUGAAUUUUGUGAACGAUUCAAUUUCUAUGGAUUGAGAACCAUUUUGACAAUAUAUUUGACAGACAAACUCGGGUAUUCAGCUGAUGACGCCACUGUUUUAUAUCACGUAUAUAUAAUGUUAGUCUAUUUCAUGUGUAUCUUUGGUGGCAUUUUGUCUGAUACGUGGUUGGGAAAAUUCAAUACCAUUUUGUAUUUGUCCAUUGUUUACUCGAUUGGAAGUGUAAUUGUUUCGGUUGGAGCAAUUCCAAUUGGAUUUUCACCUAAGGCAGCUCUAUACAUCGGAUUAGCUCUGAUUUCUGUCGGUAGUGGUGGAAUAAAACCGUGCGUAUCCGCCUUUGGUGGGGAUCAGUUCAAAUUACCGGAACAAGCGGCACAAGUUGCAAAAUACUUUUCCCUGUUUUACUUUUCAAUUAAUGCUGGAUCGCUUGUUUCAACCACAUUAACGCCAGUUCUUAGAGAAGACGUUCAUUGUUUUGGAGAAACAAGCUGUUAUUCACUUGCGUUUGGAGUUCCUGCCGUUUUGAUGAUACUAUCUAUUUUGUUCUUUUUGAUCGGAAAGUCGUCGUACACAUAUGUUAAAACAUCAUCAGAGAACAUGAUCAUAAAAAUGUUCAAAUGCAUAUGCCAUGCAAUCGUGACCAAAAGACGUGAAGGAAAAAGAAGCCCUCACAAAAAUCUUCUAGAUUACUCGAUAGAUAAGUAUGGAGCUGAAUUGGUUGGUGACAUAAGAACAUUGAAGAAGAUUUUGAUUCUUUAUUUGCCUUUGCCUUUGUUUUGGUCACUUUUUGAUCAGCAAGGAAGUCGCUGGACACUGCAGGCCAAACACAUGAACGGAGAUCUUGGAUUUUACACCAUAAAAGCCGAUCAAAUCCAACUGAUGAAUCCACUUAUGAUUCUCACGUUCAUUCCGGCAUUUGAAGCAAUUGUUUAUCCCUUUUUGAAUAAAAUCGGACUUGGACGACCAUUACAACGGCUUACCAUUGGUGGACUCUUGGCCGGUGCUUCAUUUUUCCUAUCAGCACUUGUUGAAUUCUGGAUUGAAUCGUCGGAUGAAAAAUCUGUAAAUCUACUGUGGCAGGUGCCGCAAUAUGUAGUCAUUACUAUGGGAGAAGUGAUGUUUUCAGUAACCGGCUUAUCGUUCUCGUAUGAUCAAGCACCCGAAAGUAUGCGAUCUGUUGUACAAGCGUUUUGGCUUUUGACCGUUGCAUUCGGAAAUGUAAUUAUUGUGUAUAUAUCUGGAAUGCGUUUCUUCGAAUCACAAGCUUUCGAAUUCAUUCUGUUCGGGUCAUUAAUGUUCCUCGAUAUGUUCUUAUUCGCCUUUAUUGCACGUUCAUUCAAAAGCUCAACCACAAAUGAAGCUCAACAAACUAUGUAUUUGAAUAACAUCGAAGAGAAAUCAUCAGCGUGAAAGACUGACGUUUAUUUUCAUGUUUUAACCUACUAAAUUUGCAAAUUUUGUCACCACAAUUUAAUUGAAGCCAUAAUUUAUUCUUUUAAAAAUCAUCAAAUUUUUGCAUGGCAUUUAGAAUUAAGACGAUUAGAAUUUU